GCUGGGCCUCCGGAAUGCGGACAAAGCACUACUACCUAGGAGGCGCACUCGCGGCGGACAAACACACCUCCUUCUGGCCCAGCGAGAUUGAACACCCGAGGCACCGUUUCUGCCUCUAGUUCCUCAAACAACACCCACCAUGGCCAACGACCGCCUAGUGAUAUUGUCCGAGUAUCUGGAGGGUGCUCCUCCAGGAGAGCUUGCAGAUGUCGUUGCCGACAUCAAAUCCAUCUCGCAGGAUCCCGCAAUCGCCCAGAAGCUCGCGCCGUCGUUCGAAAAGUACAAUGAGGAGCAGUUCACCACGGUCAAGCUCCCGGGGAGCAGCCAACAGGUGAUUAUCAGCACACACAACUCACUCGGCGGCGGUCGGUACUACGAUGUCGAGAGCUCGUCAAGCUUCGCCUUCGACCACGUCGCCCAGACGGCCAGCGCGGUCCAGAGCCACGUGCUUGAGAGCCAGCACUCAGACCUCGUCAAGUCGACGCUGAAGAGCAUAGGACCGUACAUCGAGGAACACUUCCCCAACGCCUCAUUUGGCGUGUACCCCACCGAAAACGACACCAAGGUGGCCAUCCUGACCGUCGGCAACAAAUACAGCCCCAAGAACUUUUGGAACGGACGGUGGCGAUCGCUGUACCUGUUCAGCCCUGACAGUGGCGCGCUGGAGGGGUCGAUCAAGGUUGACGUGCACUACUACGAGGACGGCAACGUGCGCCUGCUGGCGGACAAGGCCGUGAGCGUGACGGUGGCGUCGGCAACGGGAAGCGGGAUCGCCAAGGAGAUUGGCGCCGCCGAGAAGAAGUACCAGGAGGAGCUGAAUAGGGGCUUCACCGACCUCAGCGAAGGCGCGUUCAAGGGUCUCAGGAGGCAGCUGCCAGUUACCCGCCAGAAGAUUGAGUGGGACAAGGUUGCAAGCUACCGUCUGGGGCAGGACAUCGGCGGCGGAAGCUCAAGGCGUUGAGCGCCUCCUGUUGCUGUUUGGGGCCAGGCUCAGGGAGCGGGGUUUGCGUGGCGCUGGGUGCGCUAGAGAAGGCUAUGGUAGAGGUAGCCAACGGAAGAAAGGUAGGAGGUCAUCAAUGAAUCAAUGACAGAAAGGAUAAAGACUAAUAAUGGCUUGUAAGGUG